AUGGCCGAAGAUGGCGGGUCUUCUGUACUGGAGCAACCAGAAAUCACCACUAUUGAGACCUCACGCCUCCAGCUGAAGACCUUGCAGAUGUCCGAUCUCGACGCUGUGAUGCCGAUCAUCUCCAGCAAAGAAGUCAUGCAGUUCACGUAAGGACACUGCACUGAAUAAACGCCGUCAUCGCUCUAAUGUCGCCUUCGGACAGCACGCAGGGGCCCGUUGCCAACCGCCAGCAAGCAGAGCGAUGGCUGAGCGCACGAGCUCUCGGCCCAGAUGUGUUCAACUUCGCCAUUCGCCAGCGAUCCGGUGACCUCGCGGGUACAGAGAUCAUCGGGAUACUUGGCAGUUUCCACUGGCCCGAAAUUGGCUACUUGAUACAUCAAGGUGUGGCAACAAUCGGCAACCCAUGAGACUCUCUCCGUUGACUCAAAGGCCAGACCACGCUGGCAGAGGUUAUGCCACAGAAGCGCUCCAGGCGCUUAUACCGGCCUACUUCAAACGCGUGCCGUCUCCAAUUGAUGGAGGUCCGGGCUUUGAUCAUGUCGAUGGUUACACGCUUGCGGACAACAUCGCAAGUCAACGGAUUCUGCAGAAAUGCGGAUUCACUCUCGUCGAGCGUCGCCCAGUGGACUUUGACGGAAAUCCUGGUAUGAUGGCUAGUCAAGAGCUCACCAUUUUCCGCCUGGCCAGGCCCGGAAAGACUUUGGAUCGAUACGGCCAGGCUGUUGACGUCGGCACAGAAGAGCAUGACGCACCUUUAAAACUUCCGAUACAAUGA